CGGAGCAGCCGGAGCGCGGGCAGCAGCGGCGGCCGCGGCUGCACCAGGUAUCUCCAUUUUGUUGAUAUCAGAAAAAAAGUGACUGAAGCUGGCAUCCUUUGUGAACUCUUCUAGUCAAAGAUUUAAGAAAUUUGUCUGGAUUAAUACUGAACUGAAUGCAUCUGAACUGAAAGAAACAUUUUGAGAUUGCUCUCCUGACAGAAAUUGUGCGAAAAUGGUACACUGAGGUCCCUGCCUGCACCUGUGGGAAGGCUGUAACAGUAUUUUUAUAUUGCAGUUUAUUGGCCCAUAAAAGACGAUGUAAUAACAAAUGUAACAGUAAAUUUAUGCAAUAGUAGUGGUUCCCCUCCCACUGACUGGACAUGAGUGAUCAAAGGUCUGUGCAAGAAGAUAAGCACAAGGUUAGCAGAACUUCCUCCAAGUUCAGGGAGUCUUCAAGAAGCAUGCAAUCUGAUGAUUAUUUCGCUAGAAAACUUAAAGCCUUGAACGGUAGCAUGGGUCCUCCUGUUUCUUCAAAUGCCUCUAGCAAAGCUGAAAAUAAUCAAACAAAUGGUACACCAGCCGUGCCUAAAAUGGGUGUUCGAGCAAGGGUAUCUGAAUGGCCUCCUAAAAAGGAUUGCUCUAAGGAGCUGAGUAAAGCUGCUUGGGAAAACAGACCUCCAGCCAGUUACGAAGGUGUUGGCUCAGUACUUCCAAAUGGACAAAAUGACCAAAGUGAUGAACAGCAAGAAGAGCUAGAACUGGAAUUUACAGAGGGAAAGUAUUCAAUUGGAGAUCUUUUUGUUCAUUCACCUCAAAGGGGACUUCAUCCCAUAAGGCAGAGAAGCAACAGUGAUGUGACAAUAAGUGAUAUUGAUGCUGAAGAUGUGUUAGACCAAAAUGCUGUUAACCCAAAUACUGGAGCAGCUCUUCACAGAGAAUAUGGCAGUACUUCUUCAAUUGAUAGACAAGGCUUGUCAGGGGAAAAUUUUUUUGCAAUGCUGAGAGGAUACAGAGUGGAAAAUUUUGAACAUAAAACCCUUGCUCCUUUUGGAUUUUCUGAGUUUUUCCACUGUGAUCCUACGGUUUCUCCGAGUCUACAUGCUGCUGCACAGAUUUCCAGGGGAGAGUUUGUCAGGAUUUCUGGGUUGGAUUAUAUGGAUAGUGCCCUACUUAUUGGUCGAGACAGGGAGAAAUCUUUCAAGAGGAGACUGAAAUCAGAAGCAGUAGAAACAUCUCUCUUUAGAAAAUUGCGAACAGUUAAAAGUGAGCAUGAGACUUUUAAGUUUUCAUCAGACCUGGAUGAUAGACUUGAGAGAAAUGUUCGUUCUUGGAACUGUCAGAAAUGUUUUGCACAUUAUGAUGUCCAGAGCGUUUUGUUUAACAUAAAUGAAGCAAUGGCUACCAGAGUCAAUGUAGGAAAAAGAAAAAAUAUCACCACUGGGGCUUCAGCUGCGUCACAAACUCAGAUGCCAGCGGGCCAGACUGGAAACUGUGAAUCUCCCUUGGGAAGCAAAGAGGACCUCAAUUCAAAAGAGAAUUUAGAUGCUGAUGAGGGCGAUGGGAAAAGCAAUGAUUUAGUACUGAGUUGCCCUUAUUUCAGGAAUGAAACUGGUGGGGAAGGAGAUAGACGGAUUGCACUUUCUAGGGCAAAUUCAGCAUCUUUUUCUUCAGGUGAAAGUUGUUCUUUUGAGUCCUCUCUGAGUUCCCAUUGCACAAAUGCUGGUGUUUCAGUACUGGAAGUACCAAGAGAAAACCAGUCCAUUCACAGAGAGAAAGUGAAGCGUUACAUCAUAGAGCACAUCGAUCUUGGAGCAUAUUAUUACCGCAAGUUCUUCUAUGGAAAAGAGCAUCAGAACUACUUUGGAAUAGAUGAAAAUCUUGGACCUGUAGCAGUCAGCAUCCGGAGGGAAAAGGUUGAGGAUGCUAAGGAGAAAGAAGGAUCUCAGUUCAACUAUCGAAUAGUUUUCAGGACAAGUGAGCUUACUACUCUUAGAGGAGCAAUUUUAGAAGAUGCUAUACCAUCCACUGCUCGUCAUGGCACAGCAAGAGGUCUGCCUCUCAAAGAGGUGCUAGAGUAUGUAAUACCAGAGCUGAGCAUCCAGUGCCUGAGACAGGCUUCCAACUCACCCAAAGUACCCGAGCAGCUACUUAAACUGGAUGAACAAGGGCUGAGUUUUCAACAUAAGAUUGGUAUCCUUUACUGCAAAUCAGGCCAAAGCACAGAAGAAGAAAUGUAUAACAACGAGAUGGCAGGACCAGCUUUUGAGGAGUUCCUUGAUCUACUGGGCCAGAGAGUACGGCUAAAAGGAUUCAGUAAAUACAGGGCUCAGCUAGAUAAUAAAACUGAUUCAACAGGAACUCAUUCCCUCUAUACUACCUAUAAAGAUUAUGAAUUAAUGUUUCAUGUAUCAACAAUGCUUCCAUACAUGCCCAGUAACAGGCAACAGCUGCUAAGGAAAAGGCAUAUAGGAAAUGACAUAGUUACCAUUGUCUUCCAAGAGCCGGGAGCACUUCCUUUUACUCCAAAAAAUAUUCGUUCCCACUUUCAACAUGUAUUUGUCAUUGUCAAAGUGCAUAAUCCUUGCACUGAAAAUGUGUGUUAUAGUGUUGGUGUUUCACGAUCAAAAGAUGUUCCUUCAUUUGGUCCACCCAUUCCCAAAGGAGUGACUUUCCCCAAGUCUGCAGUCUUUAGGGACUUCCUUUUAGCCAAAGUUAUUAACGCUGAAAAUGCAGCACAUAAGUCAGAAAAAUUUCGAGCCAUGGCCACAAGGACACGUCAAGAAUACUUGAAAGAUCUGGCAGAAAACUUUGUUACCACAGCUACAGUGGAUACUUCAGCCAAGUUCAGCUUUAUUACUUUGGGGGCAAAAAAGAAGGAAAAAGUGAAGCCAAGGAAAGAUGCACAUUUAUUCAGCGUUGGAGCAAUUAUGUGGAAUGUGAUUGCCCGAGAUUUUGGCCAGUCUGCUGACAUUGAAUGUCUCCUCGGAAUCUCCAAUGAGUUUAUCAUGUUGAUUGAAAAGGAAUCAAAAAACGUUGUGUUUAACUGCUCCUGCAGAGAUGUUAUUGGAUGGACAUCUGGAUUAAUGAGCAUCAAAAUAUUUUAUGAAAGAGGAGAAUGUAUUCUUCUGUCUGCAGCAGAUAAUUGUACUGAAGACAUCAGAGAAAUUGUUCAGCGACUUGAAAUAGUGACUAGAGGAUGCGAAACCACGGAAAUGACCCUGCGGAGAAAUGGGCUGGGCCAGCUUGGAUUCCACGUGAACUUUGAAGGGAUAGUGGCAGACGUGGAGCCCUUUGGAUUUGCAUGGAAAGCAGGUCUCCGGCAAGGGAGCCGCCUGGUAGAGAUCUGUAAGGUGGCUGUGGCAACUCUGACCCAUGAGCAAAUGAUCGACCUUUUGCGCACAUCAGUGACAGUAAAAGUGGUGAUUAUUCAACCACACGAGGAUGGAGCGCCCAGAAGGGGUUGUUCAGAACUUUGUCGUAUACCCAUGGUGGAAUACAAACUUGACAGUGAAGGCACCCCAUGUGAGUAUAAAACCCCUUUCAGAAGGAAUACCACUUGGCAUCGGGUGCCGACUCCCGCUGGGCAGCCUCUCUCUCGUGCCUCUCCAAUCCUAGGAACAUCUGACAGACUGCAGUGCCAGCAGCUUCUCCAGCAGGCUCAGACAGCCAUUCCUCGUAGCACUUCCUUUGAUAGAAAGCUGCCAGAUGGUGCAAGAAGUUCUCCGAGCAACCAGUCCUCAUCCAGUGACCCAGGACCCAGCGGGAGCAGCCACUGGAGACAGCAAGUGGGAUAUGACGGAUGCCAGUCCCCUUUGCUCCAUGAACAUCACCAAGGUUCAGGCUCACUGGAGUGUGAAGGAGGCAGAGAACGAGAGGAAACUUUGGAAGGAACUAGACAUUCUGAAGCCAAGUGGCACGCACCAUCAACCAAAGUCCUGAGCUCCUACAAAGACCGAGCUCUACAGAAAGAAGGCAGUGGCAAGGAGUCGCCAAACAAGCUUUCGCAUAUUGGGGACAAGAGCUGUUCAAGCCACUCCAGCAGCAACACCUUAUCCAGCAAUACAUCCAGCAACAGCGAUGAGAAGCACUUUGGUUCCGGAGACCUGAUGGAUCCCGAGCUGCUCGGCUUAACCUAUAUAAAGGGGGCUUCUACAGACAGCGGGAUCGAUACGGCUCCCUGCAUGCCAGCUCCUCUGCUGGCCCCCCUGCACCUGGCUGGCAGCAGGUCUGGGGUGCACUGCCACACGGAGCAGUGGGCAGAGGCUUCGGAGGCUCCCGGGCCGGACGACGAUCCAGCUAAAAUCUAUGCUGUUCACAGCUAUGCCUCUGCGAUCUCCGGCAGUCACACGGCUGAGGGCAGCAUGGGAGACCUGAGUGAAAUCUCCUCUCAUUCCAGCGGGUCACAUCAUUCAGGAAGCCCAUCAACACACUGCUCCAAGAAGAGUGGCUCCCUAGAUACCUCCAAAGUUUAUAUAGUGUCGCAGAAUAGUGGUCAGCAGAUGUCUGGGUCGAUUUCAAAACCAUACCACAGACAAGGAGCAGUGAGUAAAUAUGUCAUUGGAUGGAAAAAAUCAGAAGGAAGUCCUACGCCUGAAGAAUCUGAGGUUUCAGAAUGUCAUGAAGUGUAUGAUGAUAUUGAUGCUGUGUCUGCAUCGAGUCCGCUCCAAACUUCUGUCAGGAAUGCUAUUGUUGAAAGCCAGCAAGUCUUGUCCAAAGAAGAUUUCCUGAAGUUGAUGCUGCCAGACAGCCUCUCCAUGGAGGAAGGGAGAAGAAAGUUUUCAUUCUAUGGAAACCUUUCCCCACGGAGGACACUUUACCGCACCCUCUCUGAUGAAAGCAUAUGUAGCAAUCGAAGGGGAUCUUCCUACGCCAGCUCUCGAAGCUCAGUGAUAGACCAGGCCUUGCCAAAUGAUAUCUUGUUCAGCACUACUCCACCAUAUCACAGCACACUGCCUCCCAGAAUGAGCCUGACUCCUGGAAUGGGAAAUCUGAGAAAUGAAUUCUGGUUCUCAGAUGGGUCCUUAUCUGAUAAAGCCAAAUUCAAUGAUCCUGGCCUGAUGCCCCUGCCAGACACUGCCACAGGGCUAGACUGGUCUCACCUGGUAGAUGCUGCACGAGCGUUUGAAGAUCAGAGAGUAGCGUCUUUUUGCACCUUGAAUGAUAUGCAGCAAGCUCAGGGUUUGGAAGGACCACAAGGGUUACCUUUGGAUGAGAGUCCCCCAGAUGGAAAAGAUUUUCUUGAGGAUGCUGGGGAACAUGCUCCGAGUACUCUGACUGGAAAAGUAAACCAACUGGAAGUCAUCCUGCGGCAGCUACAAACUGACCUGAGAAAGGAAAAACAGGACAAGGCAGUUCUCCAAGCAGAGGUACAGCACCUGAGACAAGAUAACAUGAGGCUUCAGGAAGAAUCUCAAACAGCAGCCGCUCAACUGAGGAAAUUCACAGAAUGGUUUUUUAAUACGAUAGACAAAAAAUCUUAAUGGCUGGGGCCCUGCAAAGUACUGAUUUGAACGAUGUAUCUUUUGAAUUAGCAGGGUAAUAAUUUCACUGUGUUCACAAUCCAUUUUAGGUGUUUCUGCUGCAUUUUCUGUCCAGCUUUAUUCAUCUGAAAAGGAGAGAGAACUGUGGCAACCCGUCUUUAAAUUCAUAUGAAGAAAGCAGAGAAUAGCAGAUAAUUGUUUGUGUGCAGAUGAAUGUAAAAAAUCCUUAGUGUCAUUUUAGACAUUUUUAGAACUUGCUCUGGCUGGGGCUUGCCUGAAGAGGAAUAUUUGGGGUUUUAGUUCCUGCAUUUCAGGUGCGCUGGUGAAGAUGUUAAAGCAAUUUAAAUUAGCUUGGGCUUCAGUAUUGUAAGAUAAAAAGAAUAACCAGACAUAUACUUUAAUGUUUAAAAGGUGCUCUAUUUUUUUGUAUGUACAGUAGUUUUAUUUCCACAGUCCACAUUGUCAUAGCAAUAAGAAUGGAGGUAUAGUGAAUAGUCACAGAGCUGUGUUUAUAAAAUGUUAGCACUGACGUGUUUAACACUAGUUUGGAUGCAGAUACAUUAGAGAUUAUUUAUUUGCAGGAACAAAUGGUGCCUGAAUAUAAACAGUGUUCUGAUUUUCUAAAAAUACACAUGCCUUGUAAAUGGCUCACUGGGGUUAGCCCACUCCCAACUUCAGUUACUUUUGUAUAGUUGAUGUUCAGCUAAACAGUUACACUGCUUAACUAUUAAAAUCAUGUAUGGUGUGAGCCAGCCAAUCAGUUGUACAAUGCCAAAUUUGUCUAUCUUUGUACAGAAGCUUUGAUCAAGUGUCUUGUAUUUAACACCUUUAUUUAAGCUUAUUUAACCUUAAAUUGUUGUUUUUAUAAAGUUUGUUUUAUCUGCACUAUGGUGAGGUCAGUUGGUUGCAAGUUGUAAUAUUUUGAGCUUGCCAAGACUGUACUGAGGAGUUCUAGAAAAUUCUAACAAUUGGAUGCUGCUAGUACACAAUUGAUUUGUUUGUAUGCUUUAACAUUUUUAACUGUUUAAUUUGAAAUGAACAUACAUCCUGCUUUUUUAAUAAAUGUUAAAAAUCUAAACCUGAAA